AUGCAGAACCAAUUCCAACUGCAACAGAACUCUUCUCCCUCUGAAGGGAACGGAGAGUACCUGGAGGGAUAUCGGGUUGUCUUCUCUAUCAUCCCAUGCGUCAUCUUUCUCUACAUAAACUGUGUGAUGCUGUACACACUGAGAAGCAAGCCUGUGUUCCGUGAGACCUCCCGUUACCUCCUGCUCUACAACCUCCUAUUGGCUGAAACCUUACAAAUGGCAUUGGCUCAGAUGAUGUCUCUACUGAACGUUGGCUUGGUGUUCAUGACACGCUUAAUGUGCCUACUAGUCCUUAUACCCACGAUAAUUACCACUAUCACAUCGCCGUUCAGCCUGGCCGUGAUGUCGUUGGAGAGAUAUGUGGCCGUGUGUUUCCCUCUGAGGUACGCCUGCAUCGUCACGGUCCCCACCACAUAUGGGGCCAUAGCCGUGGUGUGGGCCAUCAGCUAUGCCAACAUGUUGAUCAGAGUUAUCAUGUUAACGGCUCUUGAUUCCAGACCCUUUGGUCAGUUCAUGGGCGUUCCCUGCGGUAAAAACCCCAUAUUCCAGUUGAAAAUAUUCUCUGAGUUUGAGAGUGGUUUUGUCUGUGCUGAGUUUCUGUCGGUGGGCCUGAUAAUUAUCCUUUCCUACGUGGGAGUGAUGGUGGCGGCCAAGGCCGCCUCCACUGACAAAUUGUCAGCAAAUAAGGCUUCCAAGACAGUCCUGUUGCACAUGUUUCAGCUGGGCCUGAGUCUGUCGUCUUCCUUGUUCAUGGGCAUUAUCUGCGCUAAGAGCACCCUAUUCCAGUUGAAAAUAUUCUCUGAGUUUGAGAGUGGUUUUGUCUGUGCUGAGUUUCUGUCGGUGGGCCUGAUCAUUAUCCUUUCCUACGUGGGAGUGAUGGUGGCGGCCAAGGCCGCCUCCACUGACAAAUUGUCAGCCAAUAAGGCUUCCAAGACAGUCCUGUUGCACAUGAUUCAGCUGGGCCUGAGUCUGUCGUCUUCCUUGGUAAGCACGAUACUGACAGGCCUCCAUGGGAAAGUAGAUGUGAUCACUUUCAGGCAUCUUCGGUUUUCUCUGUUCGUUUGCCUCAUCAUCCUCCCCAGGUGUCUUAGUUGUCUGAUUUACGGCUUGAGGGAUCAAAUUAUCAGACCGAUUUUAAUACGACGCCUCAGAUUAGGAAUUAAUUGCGAAAUAUUCAAGUUUUACACUCAAUAUAUGAAUUAAUAAGCGACCUUUCACCUGCUAACAGUAACCUUCGUUAUGUUACGGAAAACAACAACAUAAAAUGUAGACUAUAAUACACUUAAUAUAUUUUCUGCAAAUUUUUCGCUUUUAAAGGUGUAAAAUAAAGAAAAUAAUUUAAAGUUACAACUUUAACUUUACUUUACUCCAUAUUUCAGCAACUCAAACCAAAACUCAGAAUAGACUUUACUUAUUCUUGUAUGAAUGCAUCUGACAGGAAGCAAGUACAUAGGCCUUUACUUCAGUAAAAUGUAUUCCUGUUUCUUACAGAAUA